AUGGCCCCCCAUUCCCCUUCGUCAAAUCAAUUUAUGGAUACGCGCUCGGAGCCUGGACUUUCCGAUGUGCCGAGCACCCCGAUAGCCACGGACAGCCCCGGUCUCCCCCCCUUUUCCCCCACUUUCCGGAGGACCCCACAUGAGACUUUCCAAACCGCUGCGCAGCCCCCGGCCCCAGGUUUCCCCUCCAUAUCGGAGUCUGGUUUCGGCCAUGGAAAGCUGGCUCCGCUUGCCCCCAAGAAUCCUGUGCGAGAGGCUUUAGAUGCCGGUAGCGACGAUCGUAUGGACUUGGACUUUGAGGAGCCUAUCGCCAAGGUCUACAAACCAAAUGGUGCCAAGCCAGGUGGAGCACCAAGUAUCAAUACCACUGCCAAUCUGGGAGCAAAGGACCGGGGUCCCGAAGCCACUAUUACUAUUCGUAACAAUAGAUCAAUGGAGAGGAAACGGAGGAUAAGUGAGAUCGAUAAGUUGAUUGAAGAACUAACUUCGGAGAAGGAUAAGCUGGUAUACGAAGAACAGGUCGAAUUUGGUAGAAACAAUUACCCUACUCAAUCCCAGAAGGCACCGCAGGACUCCCAGGCCGCUGUUUCAGGACCUAACGGGCCCAGCUCUGAGAGAAUUGCCUUGGGAAGGAUCGAGCGAAACGACCCAGACCAUGACAUGCACGGGGACAAUGAACCGGGUGCUCUAGCCGAUUCUGAGAGGUCAAGCGCCAGCCAUGCCCUUCAAGGGUAUAUCCAGCAGGAAACUGCUCAGGAUCCAUGGCCAGGGAGGUGGCUCGACCCCAGCAUCGAGUCCCACAGCCCGGAUACGGUGGAUAAGGACCGCGCCGGUGCACUUUCUCCCCAGGGGACCAUGACAGUUUCCUCACCGACAGGGACCACUGCAGCCACAGAGGUAUCACAACAGCCGCAUCCGGCCAGAGGUCGGCUCAGGCCCUCGCCGCCCUUGGCCGUGGGAUUGCGAGCUCAACGUGGGGCGAUACCUAAUAAGCAAACAGGCUCCAAGUACGCCGGGAAUGCCGCUCAGUUGAGGCUUGGCCCUGGACCCAGUUCGGGAUUGCAAAAAGGCCCUGCAACCUGUCUUGUCUGUGCAAAGACAUUUCACAGGCCAAGCGAGUUAAAGUAAGAGCACUGCCAUAAUAAUAAUUAACAGUAACGGGGGGGGCUAUAGUCUAUGCGUAUAUAGGGAUUAUACCCGGAUGACCCCGCCCGGUUAUCCGGGGGACCGCCCCAGCGCAGUAAGGCAAUACUAACGAGUUUUCCUAGGAAACACAUGAAACGUCACUCACGCCCGUUUGCCUGUACCUUCCGGGGGUGUGGGAAAUCGUUUGGCUCGAAGAACGAUUGGAAACGUCACGAGAACAGCCAGCACUUUCAACUGGAAUUGUGGAAAUGCGGGGUCAUCGCACCCAAGUCCACCAGCCUCUGUGGUAAACUUUCGUUCCGGAGAGAGUCUCAUAUCACGCACUUGAAGAAUGCACACAACAUUGUUGAUAAGCAAGAGAUUCAAAAAUGGACCAACGAGGCACACAUUGGCCGUAACAACUUCAAGACAUUCUGGUGCGGAUUCUGCUCCAAGGAGAGGGAUGGGUUGAUGAUAAAGGGCUGUGUUGUGCAGUUAAAGAAGAAGGGACUGGAUGGCUGGGACGAGCGGUUCGACCACCUGGGGAAGCAUUUUGAGGAGGGGAACCAUAUCAAGGAUUACACGUUUCAUGAAGACGAUGUGUUUGGGGACCUGCAGUCUACAGAGGAUGAUGACGACGAUGACGACGAGGCAGACGGUGUCGGGGAGGGGGACGAUGACACGAGCGAGGAGCCGCCCAUCAUCGAAUCCACGGCGCCGCCUGAAGAGAAGGCGGAGAAGUUACAGCCCUCCCAAUUCACCACCAUUCAAAAGGAUGAGAAAGGCAACAAGAGAGGGAAGAUAUGGUACUGCGUAAGUUAUGAAGAAAAAGAUCAACCCACAACGCGCUCACCUCCGCAAACUUCUGACGUUUUACCUUUUGAUUACUAUAGUGCAAACACAAUGUGGGGCGGUGUUCCGACCCUGGCCCGUAUACCGUGGGCCUAA